GCCAAGGGGCGAUUCACUCUGGCUUGCUGGAAAUUUCAAGCGAUGUUCCAAAGUUGACUCUGUCAUGAGUAAUCUCUGAGUAGAUUUAAUCAGAAUGAGUCUGUUGGACCUGCCUUAUCGGAGUCCAGAGUCCCGCGGGGCGGGCAGGGGGCCGAAGAGCCGCCGGUGCCUUUGCGCAGCUUCCGCCGGGUGCUGCCUUGUGGGGAGGAUGUAACGCGGCUUAUGCUUCCUUUAGAGAUCCUUUACGGAGCUGAGAGUUUGCUUUACCAAUAUCUUAAGCUAAAAUAAUGGGGGGAUAGUAGGGAGUGGUACUGGAGAGUGCUGUUUUAAACCAUUAAUUGGAAAUUACUACUGCAAAGUAUUAAAAGGGUGCCAUCAAAUUCCAUGUCACUUUGUAAAUAAAGCUUUAUCUCCUUGCUUCACAGAAGAGCUCUUUGAGACUGUGUAACAGGCUUUUUGCAUAGAAUUCAGAUUUAAGUUUCAAAAAUAAUUCAGUCGUCCACUUAGGCUAUCCUAAAAUAGUACUUUUCCCCCCUGCUCUAUUUAUAAAAAGCUACUGAAACAGCAUUGUAAAGUUAGGGGAAAACAAUAAAAAUGUUUUUUCAUAACACCCCAAGAGAAAAUGUAUAGAAAGGCUUUUUCAAAUGGGAAGUAAAGAAUUUCAGACAUUUAAGGUGGAUGCAGCCGAGCAUGGUACGUUUCAUGAGGCAGCGCCGGUAAAUCCGCGGAGAAUGGUCCCCGUUGGCCCAUUCUUCCCGGCAGAGCCGGGGCGAAGGCGCUGCCCAGCAAUUCCGCGGCCUUGGCAGGCGCUCAGCGUGUGCUCAGGUUUCCCAGCAGCAUCGGGGCAGUUCUGUUGUGCUCUCGGAGUUCAGGAGUUCUGCCUGGGUGUGGAGCAUCCAGUGUUUGUCCUGCCGGGUUGCCUGCGGAGAAGGUUGGAUGGGAGCAGGGAUGACGUGUCUGAUACAGAACAGUUACUGCUGGAAAAGGAACGGGACCUUUAACAAACGGUCACCGAGUAUCUCUCCCCUGAGUGCAAGACCGUAGUUUUUGUUGGCCCUUGAAUACAGCACUGGGAUGCAUUCGGUCCAUUUUUAAAAUAGUAGUUCUGUUACCAAAUGUAGGAAGUGUGACGAGAGGGCUUUGAGCACUGACCAGCACAUUCCAAGCCUAAUGAUUCAUGCUUAUGGUUUAAAACCGCGGCUGCACGUUUGAAGUUCAGUUGCACAUUAGUCUUUCUUGCAAUUGCCUUGCUGUGUUGUUUUGUAAAACUUGAGAGAAGGACUUGAGUAGUUAAUUAUUUGACAAGUAAUUAAAAGAGGUUACUGGAUUUGAUGCUUAUUUGAGCUGACAGAGCAGAAGGGUGGUGCAUAGCUGGCAGAUUAGCAGUUCUCUAUGAGAUAAUAAUUCUCUAUGGAUUGAUACCUGCCGGUAACUGCUGUUUUAUUUGCCCAGCGUGGAUUCUGAGUGAGUUCAGACAGGUGAGGGAGUUUGGUAAUGGUGUCCAACCCCUACAAACCAAAAAUUUUAAGAUUUUUGUCUAAGCUGAUGAUGACAUAGGCUUUGGGCACUGCCUGCAUCCCAAGAGGUCCAGCUGUUGAGAUGCCAUUUUAUGAGUUCCUCUGUCAUGAGCUGUUUGAUGAGCGGUUCUUGUUCCUUUCCCCAUGGAAAGCAGGUAAACUCAGGGUGGAUUUUUCAUUUCAGCCUUCUUACACUGUAGGAACUGUACAUUGCUUCUGGGACAACCACAGCAGGGAUGGAAACUCAUUAGCUGCAACCCUCCUAGCAGAGAUUCAAGUGGGAAACAGAGAGGGAAUCCAGAGACAAACCAGCGGGGGAUUUAGGAACUGUGACGCCGUGUCCUCUCUCCUGUGCCGGAGCAAGCAAAGGAAAGAGAGGUACAGGAAAAAAGACUGAGCCUUGCAACAGCCGUCACCCUGAUGAUGUGUCAGUCAAACACCCUGCAGGGACCAGAGCUCCACACAGGGAAAUGGUGAGAUGCUAUAAAGCUUUAUCUAACCCUCCACCCUCUUGCUACAACCUCCGCAAAGUUAAAAUUCAUGUCCGGAGGCUGCGUUCAGGGAACGGUGGCAGCAGCAGCUGUGCCGGGGACAAGCACCCACAGCUGGAGAGUCCAGGUCUGGCUGGCUCUGCCGGUGGGACACCAAGUAGGAGAACUCAUUUCAGGUUGCAAUUCCCCCAGCUGGCCCUGAGGCGAAGGUUGGGCCAGCUGAGCUGUAUGUCUAGGCCUGCUCUGAAACUCCGUUCUUGGCCUCUGACUAUUCUCUAUUACCUUCUGCCUUUCGGUGCUCUUAAACCCUUGACCAGAGUGGGAUGGAGGCCCAUGAGCAGGGUUGCCCUGUACAAGUCGGUGCCAACACGGCUGCUCUCACGAGCCUGGGGUCGCCUGAACCAGGUGGAGCUGCCCACGUGGCUGCGGAAGCCUGUGUACAGCCUGUACAUCUGGACCUUUGGAGUGAACAUGAAGGAGGCAGCUGUGGAGGAUCUGCAUCACUACAGGAACCUCAGUGAGUUCUUCCGCAGGAAACUGAAACCACAAGUGCGGCCAGUCUGCUGCGUGCAUAGUGUGAUUAGUCCCUCUGAUGGAAAGAUCCUUAAUUUCGGACAGGUAAAAAAUUGCGAAGUGGAGCAAGUAAAAGGGGUUACUUAUUCGCUGGAAUCUUUUUUGGGACCUCGCAUCUCCACGGAGGAAAUGCAUUUUAGUCAGGCCCCACCUGGUAACUCUUUUCAGCAACAACUGGUCACAAAGGAGGGGAAUGAGCUCUACCACUGUGUAAUUUACCUUGCACCAGGGGAUUAUCACUGCUUCCACUCACCCACAGACUGGACAGUGUCACACCGACGGCAUUUCCCAGGCUCUCUGAUGUCUGUGAAUCCUGGAGUUGCUCGCUGGAUCAAGGAACUGUUCUGCCACAACGAACGGGUUGUCCUUACAGGUGACUGGAAACAUGGCUUUUUCUCGUUAACAGCUGUAGGAGCAACAAAUGUUGGCUCCAUCCGCAUCUACUUCGACCAGGACUUGCACACCAACAGUCCAAGUUACUCUAAAGGUUCCUACAAUGACUUCAGCUUCAUAUCCAACAACAAGGAGGGAAUCCCCAUGAGGAAAGGGGAACAUUUAGGGGAAUUUAACUUAGGCUCUACAAUCGUACUAAUCUUUGAGGCACCCAAGGACUUCAAAUUCAACCUCAAAGCUGGACAGAAAAUCCGCUUUGGAGAAGCACUGGGCUCUUUAUAGAAACUGUCUCAUCAAGAAGAUUUUCUAUACAAUGGGACUUUUUCACACCACUGAAUGUUUCACUUAUCAAGUUUGUAUCACUCAGCAGGACCUGGGUGAGCAGAAAAGAAGAUGUCACUGCUGCGUUAAACUUGAAAGUAUUUGGUCUACAUUUACCUGCUGCUGAAUGUAGAAAUGUAAUUGAAUGAUCAUGGAUGUAUCGGGUACAGCUGCCUUUAAAGAUGUUGCCCAUGGUGGUUUCUGGCCCACCCUGGGCCUGUAGUCUUUCAUGUUCUCCUCUGAGUGUGCCACAGGAUAAUUAUGUUCUUAGAGCCUCUAAAUCCCUUUUAAGCCUUCCUAGACAAGUGCAAUGGGAAAGGGUGGAGGGUAGAGAUUACCUGUAUUUAAAGGGACACUGACAGGCUGAGUCAGACCCUGUACCUUGUAUCUGCAGUAUCUGUUUUUCAGACCUUGAGUAAAGAAUAUGUUCCCAUAUUUAUUUUAUUCUAAGAAACUCUGCCCAAAUUCUUAGACAAAGGCAGUCUCUGAAUGCAUAGAGGGCCAAACAGUGAAACUGGCUGGGGUGACUUCAUUGCCCAAACAAAGCAAAAUAUACAACAGUCAGUCAGUACAAUGCAUGACACUCAUCCCAAGUUUUGUACUGUUAAACAAUUUUAGUUCUUUUGUCUAACAUUGUCCAUUUAAAAAUGGACUUUGUACUGUAUUUUAAACCUGAAAACAGUGUCUACAUUCCAGACAACAGAACCUGUCACGUUGCAAUUUUCUUUUUCUUUUUAAAGCAGACAAAGCUCUGUGUCCUCUUCCUAAUCCAUGGUUUUAUUUUGCUAUUCCAGGCCUUAAAAGUUUCUGUCUUUAUGAGAGACAGUUAACUUUACCUCUUGGAUCAAGGAGUUAGAAGACACACGGCCUAUUUUUCUUGGGUGAUGUGAUAGCAACUAAAAUAUGUUUUUACUUGCUAUGUAUCUUAAUUGUUACUUUGUCACUAAAUUUUUGAAGAAUGAGUUCCUCUAUUACAGGACAGCUUCAGCUACUUCAGGACCAAUUUUUAUUGCACAGAGUGAAAUGCCUUAUGCACUGACUGUGUUUAAAAUAUUUAUGGCUCUUUGAAGAAAUCCCCUGUUGCUUCCCAGGUGCCAAUCUGGCCCUCCCUUGACUGGCAACAAUUUCACCUUAUUCAAAAUAUAAAUAAAAUGCCACACGGGCUCUGACUUCUGCCCUUAUACUUAAUGGUAGGAAUGUGCUGGAGGCUGAAAGCUUUGUGCUGAAGUUUAUUCCACUGUAAAAUUUUAAAACCUCUUUGUGACUUCACAUUAGAAGAGUUAAAAUCUAACACCUUGGAUCUACUGCGUGUGGCACUGACAAAAACCACUGCCAAAGUGAAGAGAAAUUGAGUUUUAAAGCAAUGUGUCAGUUGUUUUUUGUGAAUAAACCGUUUCAAGUCCCAGCACUCAAACAUUUAGAACUGAUUUUGCUGUCCAGAGGUUGUUGGAGUGGACACGCUUAUGAAACCUGCCUUUGUGCUUUCUGAGAGGUUUCUCAUACUACUUCCUUGCUUGAGCUACUUUUCUGCUGCUUCAAGGAGAUGACAGGCUUUGGACAGCUCUGACCUCCUAAAGAAACCCUUCUUUGUAUGCACUGCAGAAAAUAGAAUAUAAUUUUGUUGUACAAAUGUCCAGUUUGCCAACUCCUGUGUGCUUAGCUUGUCAACAGGAAGGAGGGGAUGAUAAAACUGCUUCUAAGUGAUGUAGCCCAGCCAUGAGUCAGAUGAGGGUAGCUGUUUGGGUGACAAGCAGGAGAAAAUUCAUUUGGCUCCAGGAGUCAGUGUUUCCUCGCUUUACAGAGGGAGGAGUUUGAAAGCUUGAAGUGGCUCUCAGCUACCUAUCUUGUUGAACUUCUUGGCAUUAGCAAGUUUCCUCCUGAAGCAGUAUAGUACCAGAUACAAGUCUUUUUAAACCUUUGAGAGUGAGAAAAGAGUAAGGCAGAUGUCAGCCCUGAGAGGAUAAAGUUAUGGUGAGCUUUUUGAUUAAACUUCAGUGUCAUGUUAACAAGAGAAAGUAAAUUUGUUCCAGUGGGUAAGAGAAAAAGACAAUCUCUUCCCUCUUUUCCACUGGGGCCUAUGACAUCCAGACAGAGCCAAAGGAAGUUUAAGCUUUAAUUUCUUCCUACUCAGCAGCAUCAUCCAGAGUAUCUGAAGGUAACUAUUAGCGUAGUGAUGGAGGAUGGGUUGCUUGAUGUUUGCUUUAUUAGAAAUCUCAGAAGGAGGAGAGGAUUCAGCAUGCAAGUGGCUGUUUUUAUGAUGGUUUUAAUACUGUGCAGAGCGAGCUAAUAAACCAACAUUGCUUGUUAGGCAACACAGCCCAGGAGUGAAAACAAAGUUCCUUGAGGGUACUGAUAAUGCUGUGAAUUUCUCCUCCAUGGAGAAUCCAUUUAAUUCAACUGUAUCAGUAGCACGGUAUUUUUGUAUGGCAAAGUGUAUGACUUACUGACAUGAACUCAUUUAAUUGUAAACAUUUUGAAAUAAAAAGUCUUAUCUGUGUUGCUUA